AUGUCUUCGCAUUACAACCUUCGAUCCCAACGUUCUGCCAUGCUGAGCGUUGAACAAGCAAUCCCGGGGACAUUAGUUGAGUCCCCUUUAACUGAAAAUAGCACUAACGAUGCAACCCCAACCCCAUCCCCUACCGAGAGAUCCUUCUUGCGUACGGGUGACUCUGUUCUCAGACCCGCUCGCUCAUACAGUGACGUGGUACGAACAAGGUCCGACACGCCCCAGCCAGAGGCUGGAGCGCGUUCGGCUAGCGUUGAUAGCGCUAUGACCGGUCAACGUCAGUCGACUGGAGUAAUAGAAAAUUUGGAUGACGAACCUGUACAUAACCCGUUCGUCACCACCAGUGAAUCAUCGGCUGAGUCAGAGAAUGGCACACCAUGGAAAACGGUUAAAGAAUGCCGAAUUAAGUCUAGAAGAGCAGCUAAGAGCAAGCCUAAGACAAAGGAUCAGAUAGAACCUGACCUGGUGAGAGAGGCUGAGAAGCACCUCACCCAAGAAGAGAAGCAACGCAUCUCUGAUAGGAGACACGUUGAAGAAAGGGCUCGCGUAAGCGAGCAAACGUCGUCGUCACACGACGAAGGACCUUCAAAGGGAAAAGGUGUGGACCCCCGGAAUUGGGGGGAUGCUGACCUUGAAGAGUCUGAAAUUGACCCAGAUGCCCAGCGAGAAGCCUUGGCUACCUGGGCCAGGUCAAGGACCUGGGCCAAUGAGGAACCCGUGAGACCGGCUGAAUCAGAUGACGAGCCCACUGAUCCCGUUGAGGCAGCCAUCAAGGCUACAGAACAGCGGAUGACUGAGCGGUUUUAA